GAGUUUCAGAAUGUAAUGUUAAGAACUUUCGUCUUUUGUAGUACAGUAAGUAUGGCAAAGUGUGUGGUGUAAAAAGCCAUUUAUAGCCAGCAGUUGUCCGGAGUAUAUUGUUGUCUGACUGCUUUAUGGUUAAGAUAAUCAGGUAAAGUGUUAUACUGUAUUUGUGUUAUUAAAAUAUUUGGGAGAUCAGGUCCCGCCCCCUUUACAAGAGUGAAACCGAUUAGUUUCCUACACUGGGAGAGGGAGAGACACGGUUGGGAUUGUGGGAGAGAACGGGAGCAAGCAGACCUCAUCAUCAUCAGCAGCAGGCAUUCUGUCUAUCCUUCCUUCCUUUCUCGAGAUAUUGCAAGGGGCUGAUACCAGCUCCCCUCUCCUUGAGACACUGACAGUCAUUUCCUCAACGUUUCAUGGCAGGCAAGAGACCGGCUACUUUUGUUACCGAUUCAGAGGCACUUUUCACGUUGUUCACUUGAGUUCCAUUGCUGCAGUGCUGGAUUAAGAGUGCGUUUUGUUUCAAGUUCCUCGCAUUUCACAUUGCACUGUGUACCAGGUGCAAAAGAGACCAACAAAGAUCGUCUUUUGGUAGCAGCUCUUUUACCGGACCAGUUUCAUGAAUAAAACAGAGUGGAAGCUGGAAUCUGUGAAUUGAACGGAGCAAGUGUAGAAGAGAAAGAAAGGUUUUGAAGAUACAGAAGAAAAGGAAAGAAGACAAACAUACUUUGCUUUAGGGAUAAGAAGGAAGAAAAGACGGGGACUAUGGGGAGAAAAAAGAUUCAGAUCACGCGGAUUAUGGAUGAGCGUAAUAGACAGGUGACGUUUACAAAGAGAAAGUUUGGGUUAAUGAAGAAGGCCUAUGAGCUUAGUGUACUGUGUGACUGUGAGAUUGCUCUCAUCAUCUUCAACAGCACCAACAAACUGUUCCAGUAUGCCAGCACGGAUAUGGACAAAGUUCUGUUGAAAUACACAGAGUACAAUGAGCCACACGAGAGUCGAACAAACUCUGACAUUGUUGAGAUCAAAUAUAUAGUUGGCUUCUCUGAAGUAAAUGUAAUUACUACUGUACAAUCUGAAGCAAGCGCUCCCCUAAAAGCAUCUCUCUUCAUGAGCAUGCACUUUUCAAUGUUCAUGAUAAUAUUCUCUUAUACAUUGAACAAGAAGGAAAACAAAGGGUGUGAAAGCCCCGGUCACGACUCCUCUUACAUUUUCACCCCACGCACAGAAGAAAAAUACAAACGGAUUAAUGAAGAGUUUGAUAAUAUGAUCAAGAAUCAAAAAAUACCUGCGGUUCAACCUAACUAUGAGAUGCCAGUAUCUAUCCCAGUGAGCAACCCUAACAACCUGAUAUACAACCACCCAGGCAGCUCACUGGGCAACCACAACCUGUUGCCACUGGCUCACCCGUCCCUGCAGAGGAACAGCAUGUCUCCAGGUGUGACACAUCGGCCACCUAGUGCAGGUGGCAUGUUGGGUGCGGACCUCUCGACCGGUGCAGGCAUCAGUGCUGGAAACGGAUAUGGAAAUCACCGUAAUUCACCAGGUUUGCUGGUCUCACCUGGAAGCAUGAACAAGAACAUGCAAGCAAAGUCACCACCACCCAUGAACCUGGGGAUGAACAGUCGCAAGCCUGACCUGCGUGUGCUCAUCCCGCCAGGCUCCAAGAACACCAUGCCAUCCAUUAAUCAGAGAAUAAACAACUCUCAGUCUGCACAGUCAUUAGCAACUCCUGUGGUUUCUGUAGCAACCCCUACUCUGUCAGGACAAGGAAUGGGUGGAUACCCAUCAUCCAUUUCUACCACAUAUGGUACUGAAUACUCCUUGAGCAGUGCAGACCUGGCCUCCCUCUCCGGGUUCAAUAGUGCCAGUGGCCUUCACCUGGGCUCAGUCACUGGCUGGCAGCAGCAGCAACUGCACAACAUGCAGCACUCAGCCCUCAGCCAGUUAGGAACUUGCACUAGCUCUCACUUAUCUCAGAAUCUCUCCCUGCCUUCUACUCAAAGCCUCCACAUCAAGUCAGAACCUGUUUCUCCUCCUAGAGACCGCACCACCAGCACGCCGUCGGGGUACCCCCUGCACCACUCUCGCCACGACUCCGGGAGGUCUCCGGUUGACAGUCUGAGCAGCUGCAGCAGCUCCUACGAGGGCAGCGACCGGGAGGACCACCGGAACGACUUCCACUCCCCGCUCGGACUCAUCAGGGCCUCGCAGGACGAGAGGGAGAGCCCGUCAGUGAAGCGCGUCAGGCUGUCGGAGGGAUGGGCCACAUGAUACACACGAUAGCUGCAUUAUCUUUUUUUUUUUGUUUUCUUGCAGAGUGUGUGUGCUAUUAAAAAGGUGGGAAUAUGGGAGGGAAAGGGUGGGGGUGGGAAGGGACCUAUGCAUUAUUUGUGCUGUGUGUUGAUCUACAAAAAAAGAAAAGAAAAGUCAGGUACUCUGUUUUGUAAAAGUACUUUUAACUUGCCUCAGUGAUAUCCGAUAAAUAAGCAUACGUUGCUGAGAUAGCAGCCUAGCACUUGAGCUGUACAACCGAACACUUGUACAGAGUAGGUUUUAUUGCUAACUUUGUUUCAUUGCUGUACUCCCUUGCAAUGUUUAUGUUACAAUAGAUAGUGUCAUGUUGCAGGUUCAACGUAUUUACAUGUAAAUAGAGGGGGGGGGAUAACAUUUGCCAGACUUUGCAGAUUUAUUAACUGAAAGAGAAAGCUGUUAUGCAAAAUUUGAACUAAUGUACAGGUGUUCUGACUGACCCAGAGGAGGGUGGCUACUUGUAAAAGCAAAGCCACAUAAUAACCUUAGUGUGUGUGUGUGUGUGUGUGUGUGUAUAUAUAUAUAUAUAUAUAUAUAUAUAUAUAUAUAUAUAUAUAUAUAUAUAUAUAUAUAUAUAUAUAUAUAUAUAUAUGUGUUCAUAAAAAAAAAAUGGAGUAUGGCACUCAAUUAUUUAAAGGAUCAAAGGCAUUGAAAAAAGGACCAUACUUUUAGCAAUAUUUAAAAAAAAAAAAUAGAAGGUUAUUUUUUAAAACACCUGGGUCUGCAUUACAUAUGAACUAUAAAAGAGAUGUGCAUUACAAUUUUGCUUAUAUUUUCAUAAAAAAAGGAAAAAUUUGCAAAGCAUUUGUGGUUUUUUGUAGUUUGUCUAAGCCAGAAUUUGUUUUUUUGAUAGCUUCGCUAAUUAAAAAAAAAAUUAAAAAAGCCUAAAGAAAUUAAAUUAAAUGGGCUUCUUGUAUAGAAAGCACUACCCUAAGCCAUGAAACCAAUAACUAUAUAUAUAUAA